CCGUCCGCAGCCGACGCCAUGGCCUCCGCACCGACGCCGCAGCCGUUGCUCCCGGUGACCAACCCCUCCUCCGGCAGCGGCGGCGGAGGCUCGGCCCCGUCCUCCGGCAGCGGCUUCUCCGACGCGGCGCUCGCCACGCCGGCCUUCCGCCUCUUCCUCAGCAGGGUCUCCGACACGGCGCGGCGCUCGCUCGAGGACCGCCGCCCCUGGGCGGAGCUGGUCGACCGCUCGGCCAUCGCGCGCCCGGACUCCCUCUCCGAGGCCACCUCGCGCCUGCGCCGCAACCUCGGCUACUUCCGCGUCAACUACGCCGCCGUGGUGGCCGUCUCCCUCGCGGCGUCGCUGCUGGCGCACCCCUUCUCCCUCCUCGUCCUCCUCGCCAUCCUCGGCGCCUGGUGCUUCCUCUACGUCUUCCGCGCCCCCGACCAGCCCGUCGUGCUCUUCGGCCGCACCUUCACCGACCGCGAGACGCUGCUCGGCCUCGUCGUCUCCUCCCUGCUCGCCUUCUUCCUCACCUCCGUCGCCUCGCUCAUCAUCUCCGGCCUGCUCGUCGGCGGCGCGCUCGUCGCGGUGCACGGCGCCUUCCGCAUGCCCGAGGACCUCUUCCUUGACGACUCCAGCAACGUCUCCGGUGGCAACACCACCAACAGGCUGCUGUCCUUCCUCGCGUCGCCCGGAUCUGGGGUUUGAGGCUGCGCAAGAUCUGGUAGGGUUUCCUUCUUUCCUGGACUGAAGAGUUCGUUUGAAGUCUGAAUUCGUAUAGAUCUGGUUCAGUGACUGUAGCUAAUCGCUUCUCGCUACCCGGCUGGUACAUAAUUUCGACUAGGUGUGGAUAUGCAUAUCUGAUUUUGGUAGUAAUAUGUACCUCCAGUUAUGCGAUUAUCUCUGCAAGCGCUGUACUCUGUUAGAUACCUCAUGUGAUGACUGGAGAGCAUUAUCAAAUUGAUCACUGUGACCUUUGAGACAGUUGAAUAUCAUGACAGGUUUUAUGGUUUUCCCAUCA